CCAGUAUACAAACAAACUUCAAAUAAACUAGUCUCCACGUUGCGAAAAUCCGAUCUACUCUCCAAUCUCCCUGCGCCACAGAUUUCUCGAAAUCUCUUCAAACUUCCGAUCGUCAACGCUCUCCGGCAAAGAUGAACGACGUAGAUGUGUCGAGUCAGAUCCAGCAGAUGGUGAGAUUCAUCCGCCAAGAGGCCGAGGAGAAGGCAAACGAGAUCUCCGUCUCCGCCGAAGAAGAAUUCAACAUCGAGAAGCUGCAGCUAGUUGAGGCGGAGAAGAAGAAGAUCAGGCAAGACUAUGAGAAGAAGGAGAAGCAAGCCGAUGUUCGCAAGAAGAUUGAUUACUCGAUGCAGCUAAAUGCGUCAAGGAUCAAAGUUCUUCAGGCGCAGGAUGAUAUUGUCAAUGCCAUGAAGGACCAAGCAGCAAAGGAUCUUCUGAAUGUGAGUGGCGAUGAGGAUGCCUACAAACAGCUUCUCAAGGAUCUCAUUGUUCAGUGUUUGCUUAGGUUGAAAGAACCUUCUGUGUUGUUGCGUUGCCGUGAAGAGGAUUUGGGUUUCGUUGAAUCUAUUCUUGAUGGCGCCAAGGAGGAGUAUGCUGGUAAAGCUAAUGUUCAUGCUCCAGAGGUUGCCGUGGACACCACCAUCUUCCUUCCCCCUCCUCCUACUUCUAGUGAUCCUCAUGCUCUCCACUGCUCUGGAGGUGUUGUGUUAGCUUCUCGGGAUGGGAAAAUCGUGUGCGAGAACACACUUGAUGCGCGUCUUGAUGUUGCAUUCCGUAUGAAACUUCCAGUGAUCCGUAGGUCGUUGUUCGGCCAAGUUGCUGCCUAAUGAAUGAAAAGAGACGAAGAUGUGAUUCAGACCGGGUUUGGGAAAUAUUUCUAUCUGUUGUGAUUCUUUUAUCUUCUCUGCAACACUUUUAUUUUGAUGCCAAAAAACCCCAUCGAACUCUUUGUGUUACGCAUAUGUAUUUUUUCCUCAUUCCCCAGUGUUAUCAUUGGCUAUAAAAAUAAAUAAAGACUUUCUUUCUUUUUCUAA